AUGCAUGGUCUAGGAAACUUUAAACCGGAUGAAAAUGUUCGCGUGCAAAAUUUUACCACCGACUGGAAGGACGGCCUAUCCAUGUGUGCCCUGUUGCAUCGGCACCGACCAGAUCUCCUAGAUUUCAACACCCUCCUCUCCCAAACCCCUCUAGCCCGCAUAACCACCGCCUUUACUGUCGCAGGCACCAGCCUCCAGAUUCCGGUGCUGGUGGAGCCUGCUGAGUUUAUAGCCUGUUGCUGCGACGAGCGUUGUGUCAUAGCAGUCGUUGCUACCUGGUAUCAAUUUCUAAAUCAGGAUAGGGCAACGAAAAAGUCGGGUGACCGAUUAUCAGCCGUGCUUGCCAAAGCAGUGGACGCGAACAAGAAGCUAGCUGCCUACCUCUGGCGUGUGGCUCGAGCCAAAACCUGGCUGAAGAAGAAUCAGGACUUCUUGAGCCGCCAAACUGAGAUACUGGCGAGCAGACGUCAGAGGAGUGGUCAAAGCAGUGCUGAUGAAUCGCUGCGUAGACUACGCCACUGGUAUUCUGAGGAGAAGCGGCCUCAGAUCGCCCAGAUGAAUCAAAUAGAGGUAGAUUUUCUGUAUUUUUGA